CCAACUUGUCGCCGCCGUCAACUCCGUGUCCGCGUGUCCGUCCCCCGCAGGCAGCCCUGCCGGCCGGGCUGCGCUCCUGGCGCCGGCGGACGCGGGCAGGCGGCAAAGUUUUUUGGGGGAGCCUGGCUGACUUUCCUGGGGGACCCGCGCUCGUGCGUGUCCGGGGGUGGGGAUCUGGUCGCGCGGAGCUGGUGCCCUGGCUGCCUCCCGGGAGCCCUUCUCCCAGCCGCAGGGGUUUGUUUAGGGAGAGUGAUGGGGGGCCGGUGCUGGGUGGCUCCGCCCGCUCACGGGGGGCAGCCCUGGGCUCCGCGCUCCUAAAGCCAGGCGGGAUCCGGGGCCGGGCGCUGGCUGGGAAGCUGGGGAAGCGUGGGGGGCGCCCCCCGCCUAGAUGAGGGGGCUGCCCGGGCUGGUCUGGCCCUGACGCUCGGGGCUGUGUGCUGGCGGACCGCAGGAGGACGGACGUGAUGCAGACAGCACCUGAAGAUCCUUUCAGAAUGCCAGAGGAACGUUCCCCCAGGCUGACCCCACAGAACGUCCCCUACCAGGACCUCCCUCACCUGGUCAACGCGGACGGACAGCACCUCUUCUGCCGGUACUGGAAACCCUCAGGCGCGCCCAGGGCGCUGGUGUUCGUGUCCCACGGGGCCGGCGAGCACUGCGGCCGCUACGAGGAGCUGGCGCAGAUGCUGGUGGGGCUGGGCCUGCUGGUCUUCGCCCACGAUCACGCAUCAGGGUCUCUUCCAAGGAGUCAGCCCUUCGUAUCAACUGGCCAAAGUACUGGAGCUUCAGCAUCAGCACCGACGGAGCAGGACGUGGCUAGACCACUGGCGAGAGAGGUUGGCCAUGGGCAGAGCGAAGGCGAGAGGAUGGUGGUGUCCGACUUCCACGUCUUCAUCCGGGACGUGCUGCAGCAUGUGGACGCCGUGCAGAAGGAACACCCGGGGCUGCCCGUCUUCCUUCUGGGCCACUCCAUGGGCGGAGCGAUCUGCAUCCUCACAGCCGCGGAGCGGCCGGGCCACUUCUCGGGUAUGGUCCUCAUCUCCCCGCUGGUCGUCGCCAGCCCAGACUCGGCGACACUUUUCAAGGAUCCUCAAAUAAGUUUCGAAGAAGUGUGCCAGUUGACAAUAAGAACCGUUGUAUCGUGGAUGCCAGCUUCUCUGUGGGUCUUCGCUGCGAAAGUUCUGAACCUCGUCCUGCCGAACAUGUCCCUGGGCCGGAUCGACUCCAGCGUGCUCUCGAGAAAUAAGACAGAGGUGGACAUCUACAACUCGGACCCCCUGGUCUGCCGGGCGGGGCUCAAAGUCUGCUUCGGCAUCCAGCUGCUCAACGCGGUGUCGCGGGUGGAGCGGGCGCUGCCCAAGCUGACGCUGCCUUUCCUGCUGCUGCAGGGCUCCGCCGACCGCCUCUGCGACAGCAGAGGUGCCUACCUGCUCAUGGAGUCGGCCAAGAGCCAGGACAAGACACUCAAGAUUUAUGAAGGUGCCUACCACAUCCUCCACAAAGAGCUUCCCGAGGUGACCAGCUCCGUCUUCCGGGAGAUAAACACGUGGGUCUCGCAAAGGACAGCGGUGGCGGGAGCAGGGUGCCCACCCUGAGCCCCCCGGCCAGCUGCGGGGCCACUGUCAGCAGGCGGGCAGAGGAAGGGCAGGGGCUGGCUUCUCAGACGUGGCUGAGACACACACACACCCCCCACAGAUUGGAGGAACCCCUAGCACCGCUGACUCAGACAGUCUCACCACCUGUCAGGCUGUCCACCACAGCAUCUGCCUUAAACGGUGGACGCUUUAUGCAAAAACUAGAGCUCACGGCACUUUCCAGAGAACGUGCUGGAAGGCCUGAGGCCACACGGAGCCCUGCCCCGCCUCUCCUGCCCUGCAGGGUCCCAGGACCACCCCCCCAACCCCAGCAAUAACUGGAGGGUGCCCUCCUGCCACCCCGCACCCUGGCUGUGCCCCUCUGGCCAUGGGACGCGGGGCGGGUCCACUGCCCAGGCUGACUUGCAUGCCUGCAGAGGCUGGGAAGUGCCCGCGGGCCUACACUGGCCUGUGUCGGCUCUGUGAGCCCUGGGGGCCGGGCUGGGCUGGGGGGCGGGGGCCUGGGCGUGGGAAGGGGGCCCCCCCACGCCCCUCCUGGGAGCAUGGGGGCGGCCGCUGCUCCGACUGCUUACCCGACGCUCGGAGGGCCACUGUGCUGGACGUCUGUUCAGACACGGAGACCGUAGGUGGGAGGCAGGGGUCUUGACGGUGGAGCCACUUCCAGGGGCCGGAGCCGGUCCCAGGUCGUGCCCUGCCUGAGGCCCCAGCAGGAAGGGUGAUUGGGGCCCCCGCAGCUGCCCCUCACUGGUGCCCCGCCUAUGCCCCCCACCCCUCCCUGUUCUGGCUGGUGUGGUAAUCGGGGCCCUGCCACCAAGGGGGUGCUUUCAGUGUCCGUGUGAGCGUGGUGGGGGCACUGCGCCCCAGGAGGGGAAGGCGCGGCCCCUGGAUAUAGGGCUGGGUGGGGCUCACCCCAGUCCUCCAGUGUCGGGAGCUGCUGCCCCGCUGCGCCCUGCUCUUCUGGGGAGGUCUCCCGCCUCCAUUCCAGGGCCCCCCACCGCACGCUGAGCCAGAGCAGGCCCCCCAGUGAAGGAGCCCCAUGGGCUCAUGGGGGGACCGGCCAGGUCCCCACGGAGAGCGGCUUCGUCGCCCUGUUUCUCUUUGGAGGAGGAAAAAAAAUGUAGAAGACGCCCCGGGGGCUCCGCCCGCUGCCCUCCUGCACCAAGGAGCCGUAGAGACGCCAUGCACCAGCCCACACCCAGCCACCGCUGCGCCUCAUGCGGAAGCGUGUCACCACGGCGGGCCGCUUCCCACGCCAAGUGCCGGGCAGGCACGUGGUCUGACCAGGAGUCUAUCAACGCACGGACUUAUGUUCUUUGAAAGCUUUCAGAGGUGCACAUUCAGCCGUCUUCAGCGAUCUGGUCAAAGAGUCGCCCCAUUUGAAAGAUGUUCCUCAGAUCCGGGACUGUUUUCCUCACCGGGGCGGGCCAGGGCACGCCCUCCAUGGUCAGGGUGCAGGUGGCCGUGUCUGGGGCCCCGUCCUGGCAGUACCAGCGAGUGCUCAGUCGGUCGCCUGCCAUGCUGAACCCGGAGCCCCUGGGCCGUGCCCGCCUGGCCCUCAGCGGUGCAGGGGAGCCGGGUGUGCACAGGCCUGGCCCUGAGGCGGGCGGAGCACCGAGGCCAGGGAGAGGCAGGCAGCCGAGCCCAUGUGGACCCGUCACUCAGGCCGCCUGGGCCACAGGAAGUGGUUCUGUGCGGAAGGGCUUUCCAGGAGAUGCUGCCCGCGGCCCCCUGGGCCCACUCUUGGUGGGGACGGGGUGCUGACCCCGGCGCCCCCUCGGCCCUGGUGCUCAGACACCCCACAGGCCCCCACCCCCCUCACCGACCACUGACACCCCCCGUAGGACCACAGCGACUCCACACAGUUUCCUGGCUUGCUGUCAUCCCCACGGCUCAGCCGCCUGCCUCCCCGUCCGCUGUCAGUGAGGCCCUGUGUGUUGGGUAACAGAUAGUGCAGGGCCACACAGCUAACCCUAAUAAACCACGGUUUCUGAC